GAUGAUAAAAGAGGGUAAAAUGCAUCGAUCCCCAAGAACCGAGAAGACAACACUUUGAAUACUAAAACUAGAAUCAAUAAUACGAUGUCUUCGCUUGAGGCUGCAACUCUAUUCGGUGUGAAAGGACUGGUGGCAGUGAUUACUGGCGGUGGAACUGGCAUUGGACUUAUGAUGGCCAAGGCCCUGGAAGAGAAUGGCGCUAAGGUCUAUAUCAUUGGUCGCCGAUUGGAAACUCUCGAGAAAGCAGCAAAACAAGCUAAACAUGGUAACAUCAUCCCCGCCCAAGGAGAUGUCACCAAGAAGGAAGAUCUUGAUCGAAUUGUCGACUCUAUCACGAAAUCCGAUGGCUUCAUCAACGUCCUGGUAGCGAACUCGGGCAUCGGAGGGCCCAAUUUGCUGGGCCUACCAAAGGACCCAACGCUCUCUCAAUAUAGAGAAUAUAUGUACAACGUAAAUAUUGAUGACUUCACCAACACCUUCCAUGUCAACACGUCCGCUGUUUUUUUCUGCAUCAUGGCGUUCCUAGAACUUUUGAAUGCUGGCAACAAGAAAGGAAACGUGCAGCAGAAGAGUCAAGUCAUCGCAACUUCCAGCAUUGGAGGCUUCAAUCGUCUUCCACUUGCAGGAUUUGCGUACGCUGCGACGAAGAUUGGAACAACUUUCAUGAUGAAGGCAUUGGCUACUGCCUUUGUACCAUAUGGUAUUCGAAGCAACAUCAUUGCGCCAGGCCUUUACCCAUCAGAACUGGCAGACGAGCUCCUCGUAAAGCUGGAAACUAGUGGCGGCAUGCCAAAGAGUUUUGUGCCAGAGCAGAGAGCGGGCAGUAUCGAGGACAUGGGAGGUGCUAUUCUGUUCUUGACAUCGAGGGCAGGAGGAUACCUCAAUGGGAACGUCCUCGUUACUGACGGCGGUCGAUUGGGCGUCGUGCCUAGCAGUUAUUAGCUUUACUCAAAUCGAGGAGGAUGCUCAAUACUUCUUCGAGAGCUACCGAGAGCCCCAGACAAUGAGAUCGCUGCUGUACCUCAAUGCAGCAGUUCACGCUUCUGGCAACGAUCAGCGAAACGUGCUAUGGACUGGUCCAGACAUGACGCGAAAAUUAGCCGUGGUGGUAAAAUGCAGCCC